AUGAAGACCAAUUCCAACACCAAACUAAUACUCCUCCACCCUUCCCUUCACAAGCAAACACCUCUCCCAACAAACGCCACAACACUCUUCUCUUCCCCUCGCCUCUCUCUCUUUUUCCUCCUCCUCCUCUUCUCCACCCUACUCUUCACCUGCACCCUCGUCACCACAACCAUCUCCUCCACCGCUACCUCAACCUCCGCCGCUGCACUAUCCACUCUUCCGCCCUCCGUCUCCAAAGCCCUCCUCCACUACGCCGCCGCCUCCAACGCCUCCGCUAAACCCAUGACAUCUGCAGAGAUUGCCGCCGUCUCCAAGGCGCUCCUCCACACCCCACGCCCCAACUUCCUCGUCUUCGGCCUCACCCACGAGUCCCUCCUCUGGGCCGCACUCAACCACCAAGGGCGCACCGUCUUCCUCGACGAGAACGAAUACUUCAUCUCCAAGUUCGAGCAAUCCAACCCCGGCGUCGAAGCCUACGAUAUCCAGUUCACCACCAAAGUCACCGACUACCCCAAGCUUCUCUCUCAGGCCCAAGCUCAGGCCCAGACCGACUGCAGGCCCGUCCAAAACCUCUUGUUCUCCGAAUGCAAGCUCGCCAUCAACGAUCUGCCCAACCACAUUUAUCAAGUGGCGUGGGACGUCAUUCUUGUUGACGGGCCCAGGGGGUACUUUCCGGCAGCGCCCGGGCGGAUGUCGGCAAUAUUCACGGCAGCGGUCCUAGCCCGGAGCAUGAAGGCCGGCAAGACCCACGUGUUCGUCCACGAUUUUGGGAGAGAGGUGGAGAGGGUUUUCAGUGACGAGUUUCUCUGCCAAGAGAAUCUGGUCCAGUUGGUGGAUUCGUUGGGGCACUUUCUGGUCGCGAGUGAAGUUCACGACGCGGAACGCGCCGUGUUUUGCAGAAACUCAAGUUCCUCGAUGUCGUCGUUGCCGUCGUCGAAGGAUGUCGGCAAUGAGCAGUACUAA